GAAGCCUCCGAAAACGAAAGUUGAUAUACAAAAGAAAAAAAAAAAGUUCAGGGUUUUCCAUUUUCCUUCUUCAUCCAAAACCAUGCAUAUGCAACGUUAUUCCUCCGCUGCCAUAAUGAAUCUCCACCGAAAUUUUCUUGCUCGCCAAACACCGAUGAAGACCAAGAUGGUGAAUCCCUUUAUGGAAAGCAAAAAUGCUUGUGAUGUUUUCAUUAACCAUAGAGGGAUCGACACCAAGAGAACUAUAGCCACCUUACUCUACGACCACCUUUCAUGGCUAAACCUACAACCUUUCUUGGACAACAAGAACAUGAAACCCGGAGAUAAGUUGUUCGACAACAUCGACAACGCGAUACGGAAUUGUAAGAUCGGGGUCACGGUUUUCUCGCCUAAUUAUUGCAAAUCCUACUUUUGUCUUCAUGAAUUGGCUCUAUUCAUGGAGUCCAAGAAGAAGGUUAUUCCAAUCUUUUGCGACAUUAAACCUUCGGAACUCCGUAUUGUGAACAAUGGCAGUGUUCCUUCGAAAGAUUUAGAAAGGUUCAAUUUGGCUCUUGAGGAAGCUAAAUAUACCGUAGGACUCACGUUCGACUCUUCAAAAGGGAAUUUGUCUGAUGUCGUGAAAAAUGCUUCCGAAAUUGUGAUCGAAAGCUUGAUUGAGAUGGAAAGCGAGCAAAAGCUGGUUAAGAGCUCAAGGAAUACUCCAAUGGCUCUUUGAUAUUAAUCUUUUUAUUCAUUAUUUACAUCUGCAUUAGUCCUUGCAUAAGCCUAAAGAUUCUUUCUUUUGUUAAUUUUUUUAUUUUACUUGUAUACUUUGUAAUUGAAAUAACAAGCAUUGAUGUUAA